UUUUUUUUUGAAUUGAAUGUUAAAUUUAAUUCAAAAGAAAAGAUCUUGUUACAAGUGUGACCAUUCCUAAGGUUUCUAUACAAGUUUUACUAAAACCAAUUGAAAAUACUCCUUUUACUCUUCAGCCUCCUCUUUCAUUUCCAAAUUUCUCAAAACCACCUAGCUCUCACUCCUACUAGGCAGCCAGCUCUCACUCCUACUGUAAAUUCAAACCUUCUCAAUUCUACCUAGCUCUCACUCCUACUAGAUAGCCAGCUAUCACUCCUACUGGAUGUCUAGCCCUCACUCCUACUAGACCCCCUCCCUCCUUGAAUUCCCAGCAACUGAGUUCCUUACCUUGUGAAAAACCAAACUGCAUACCCUGUCAAAUGGCUUUUUUAUCUAGUCUCGAACCAGUAAGCCAUUCCUAUACCAAUCUUCCUAUCUCCAUUCCUUUGCACAAGAGUAAGUUUGUUUCUCAUAUUCUUAUCGAUCAGUUUGAUCAACAAAUCAAUUGGGGAAGCAUCUUCUCCAUGCCUUCUUCUGUUCCUUUCUCUCCAUAUCAUAUAAACCGCAGCUUGAAACACAUACCGAACAAUGAACAGCUUCAUUUUCCCCAUCGAAGUGUCUCCCAAUAUUCUCAGAAUCUCUUCCCAGCUGACAGUAUAUUUAUUUAGCAAUAUACCUUUUAUCAAAGACUCCCAAAUCUGAGAUGAGUAGGCGCAUUCAAAAAAGAGAUGCUCCUUUGUCUCCAAAGGUUCAUUGCAGAAAACACAUGACACAUCGAAACCACCAUUCCAAUUUCUCAUGCGAUCCCCAGUGCUCAGCCUCCCUUUCAUUGCCAUCCACAAGAUGAAAGAAUAUUUCAGUGUAGCAUAUUUGAACCACACCUCAUUGUGCCAGUGACAUAGCUGAUGCCUUUCUCUAAUAAUUUGCCAAGUCUGUCCUGAUGAGAAAGCGCUUUUGUAUUGAUCUCUUCCAUUCAACCACAAUGACACAUCCUCUUCUUGCGUUCUGUUUGCUUUACUUCUCGCAAUUUCCUCUUCUACUCUGUUCAGGAUCAGAACUCGAUGAUUUCUUUUAUUAUGCUUCCAGCUAUCCUCUACUGUUGCAUUUACUGAGAUCCCCAUGUCGAUGUGACUUCCAACACUCAAAAUAUCCUUCAAGCAUCCAAGAGGAGACCACCUUUCAUGCCAAAAUGAAGUUCUCUUCCCAUUUUUUACCUCCACUCUAUACAACUUUUUUGCUAACUCCCGACAUUUGAGUAUCUUCCUCCACAUCCAAGAACCAUUUUGAGUAUUGUCUUUCACCGUCCAAAACGAUCCCUUCCUUAUAAGAUAGAUUUUUAUCCAAUUAACCCAUAUUGAUUGCGCAGAGAGAACCCUCCAAAUCAGCUUCAAACAACUCACUACAUUCAUUUCUUUUAGCUUUCUUAUACCCAAACCUCCCUCCUGCUUCGUUUUACAGAUAUCAGCCCAAGCAACUUUAAUCUUCCUUCCAUUUAACUCUGUUCCCGACCAAAGAAACUCUGAACACAAUUUUUCUAUCUCCUUUAUACAUCCACUAGGAAGCCUAAAUGCAGCCAUCCAGAAGUUUGCCAAACUAGUGAUCACUGAUUUAAUCAGCUGAAGCCUCCCAGCAUACGAUAAAUAUCUUGCUGUCCAGGAACCAAUACGCUUUCUGAUCUUCUCUAUAAGCGGCAGAUAGUCUAGAACUGUCAUAUUCUUUGUAAGUAAUGGAAGGCCUAAGUAGAGAACCGGAAGUUUACCAGAAGCAAAAGGGAAGUGACUCAUAAUUUCUUCCUGAUUCUGUGCAGAAACACCAGCCAAGAACAGUGUAGACUUCUCCAUACUGAUUUUCAAACCCGACAUCUUGUCAAAUUCUUCAAAGACUCUUAGUAUCCCUUCAAUUGAUUCUUUUGUGCCAUCUGCAAAUACCAUUAGAUCAUCUGCGAAACAUAGGUGUGUUAGCUCUACCGACUCACACUUGGGAUGAUAUCCUAGCUGAACUGCUAACAUUACAGCUUCUUGUAGCUUUUCUUCUCUCUUACCGGCAUUGAAAUAUACUAAAAUUGUACAAGGAAAAACAUCUCUUUGACCUUGUUUCUAAGAUAAAUCAGAGGUAGGCGGCUAUGCAUGUAAAUAUUAGAGUCAUUAGACUUUAAGUGUUUUAAAGUGGAAAGUACAUUGUAGACCAGCUUUAACGACGUUUAUUUGCUUAAAUUGAUCUCAUUACAGGGAUUCCGGUUCAGGAUAUAUUUGAUACAUGUGAUUUUAUAAAGGUCGGUUGAUUCUUUUUGCGUUAAAUUUGUUUUAUUUAUGUUGUGUGCUUGCUUUCUCUUAAUACUAUAAGCUGUUAACAAAUCUAGAAUGGAGAAGGGACUAUUCCUGAGUCACUCAUUUUCGUCCUUCUGUUGCAGUAUACUGAAAAAAAGAACAAAGAUUUCAUCUGUUUCUAUAAAAGCAAAUUGACUGGUUUGAUAGUUUCAGCCUUCAGGCUUGCAACAUGUUAUAGAAGAGCUUGAAAGAGAUAACGUUGUGGUAUACCGCAAAAAUAUGAAAACGUCCUCUGCUCAGUUUUAUGGCAACACGUUUCAAAACUCUGCGUCUAAGUUCCAAGGUUUUAAAGUCAUGGCUGAUUCAGGUAUAAACUCUAAAGACUUUUUACCCUUGUACACACUAUUUUUUUUUUUUUUGUAACUUCCCUUGUACACACUGUUGGUUCUUGUUUUAUAUUUAUGCACAUGAUUACUUAAUGUAGUAGAAAUACCUUAGCAUGCUUUUGAAACAUUUUUUUUCUUGGUCUAACAUGCUUUUGAAACAUCCUACAGAAUAUCCAAGCAAUCUGGUAUGGUUAUUCAUACGUUCAAGUUGCUAAACGUUUUUUCUUAAUAAUUGUUGGAAGGCAUAUUGGUUCGAGCAAAGCAUUUUCUCUAGGAUCAAAUAUAUAAAAACGAAGGCAUUUCUCCAUGAUCUAAUUUAAUAUUAUUUAAUUAAUUUUUAAAGGAGUCCCUUCAGAUUGUUGACUUUUGAUCUCCAUCAUCUACUAGUCUUCCAUUGGGCUCCUGCCAACAAUCUGAAAUUUCAGAGCCGUGUAGUUCAGAGAGGGGGUCUACAAAUCUGUGAGUAAAAAUAGAAAGUCUUCACUGAUUAUGGUUAUUAGUUAGAUGUGUACGGUUUAAGUGGCAUCUUCAGGUAUCUCUCUGUGAGUGACAUCUAGAGAAGGAGCGGCGACAGGUGAAAUGGUUCAGGAUGCUUUGAGAUCCUCCGGAAGUGGUGGAGGACUUCCGACAACGGCCGUAUCUAAUGGUGGAGGGAGAGGCCGUGGCUUGUUGCGCGGUUGGCAGGUCCAGAAUACCUCAAUCAACAUCAAAAUCAUGAUUCUCUGCGGCUUCGUGACCAUUCUCGUUUUACUUGGCACAGUCAGUUUUGGUAACCUUGGAAGCUCCAACGCUGACGCUGUUAAUCAAAAUCUCAUCAAGGAAACCGAGCCGAUUCUUGCCGAGAGCCGACCUGCUUCGGUUCCGACCGACUUGGAGGAACCGCCGAAACCUGAGGCUAAUCCUCCACCUGAGUUGGAGGAGCCGCCAAAAGCUGAGGUUAAUCCCAACGUGACGUACACUCUAGGCCCCAGGAUCACCAACUGGGACAGUCAACGCAAGGUAUGGCUGAGUCAAAACCCUGGGUUUCCUAGUAUAGUCAACGGCAAAGCUAGAAUCUUGCUUCUUACAGGGUCUUCCCCUGGACCCUGUGAUAAACCCAUUGGAGACUAUUAUCUAUUGAAAACAGUGAAGAACAAGAUUGAUUACUGUAGGAUUCACGGGAUAGAGAUUGUGUACAACAUGGCACAUCUAGAUGAGGAACUCUCAGGGUAUUGGACUAAGUUGCCUAUGAUUAGGAGAUUAAUGCUGUCUCAUCCAGAAGUAGAAUGGAUUUGGUGGAUGGAUAGUGAUGCUUUGUUCACUGAUAUACUGUUUGAGAUCCCCAUGUCUCGGUACGAGAAGCAUAACCUGGUGAUACACGGGUAUCCAGACUUGUUGUUCAACCAAAUGUCAUGGGUUGCAUUGAACACAGGUGUUUUUCUGUUGAGGAAUUGUCAGUGGUCAUUGGAUUUGUUAGAUGCUUGGGCUCCAAUGGGACCAAAAGGGCCAAUCCGCGAGGAAGCUGGGAAGGUACUGACUGCUUAUCUGAAGGGUCGGCCUGCUUUUGAGGCGGAUGAUCAAUCAGCGUUGAUAUAUCUCCUGCUUUCACAGAAGGAGAAGUGGAUGGAGAAGGUUUACGUUGAGAACCAAUACUAUUUGCACGGGUUUUGGGAGGGUUUGGUUGAUAAGUAUGAAGAGAUGAUAGAGAAGUAUCAUCCGGGAUUGGGUGAUGAGAGAUGGCCUUUUGUGACGCAUUUCGUGGGUUGCAAACCGUGUGGCAGCUACGCUGAUUACGCAGAGGAGAGGUGCUUCAAAAGCAUGGAGAGGGCUUUUAAUUUCGCAGAUAACCAAGUGCUGAAGCUGUAUGGAUUUAGCCACAUGGGACUGUUGAGCCCUAAGGUUAAGAGGAUCAGAAACGAGACAGUUUCUCCUUUGGAGUUUGUAGACAAGUUUGAUAUCCGGAGAACGCAUGAAGAAACCAAGCCAUGAAGUGAAUCAUACACAGCUUGACCAAACUUGAGUUAAUGUUAUAUAGGUAACAAAGAACACUCACAAAUUAAAUGCAAAUUGUUUUUGUUGCAUGUACUUGUUUCUUGUGCUUUAUUGCAUGUUGUUUUCAGCUCUGCUAAUUCCUUUUUCCAUAGAUAUUUUUGUCUUUUUCAGUCAAUAUAUGGAGAAAUUUGAUACUGCAAUUCUGCUUGUUACUCCACUUUUAUUGCAAUGUUAUCUUCUUCGUUUUGCAGUUUA